AUGGAGGUGGUAGACUUUCCUAACAGCAGUAACUGUUGCCCUUUGCUUGGCCGGCGGGAUGUCAUUUCGUGUGACCGGCAGUUGGGGACCUGUUGCACAGAUGCGAAACGAUGCAAACCAAGCAGGAGUUGUUUGCCUCCCCCUGCCCAGUCCCCGCUGCCCAAGCUGCUCUCCGCCCUUUUGUACGGGACCUGCUGUUUCUUGAUCGUUUUAGUAAACAAUACAGUGCUAGCAGUUUACAGAUUCCCUUCUCCAGUGUUUCUUGGAGUAGGACAAAUGGUAACCGCUAUUCUUGUCUAAUAUGUGUGACAAUUAAAUAAAAUCAUUCAUUUUCCUGAUCUUGACAAAAGCAUCCUUAAAAGAGAGAAUUCAGCUACUGAAAGUAAGUCAACAGUGUUUCUUCAUGUUGUUCAUCAGCAUAUCCCUGUAAUACUUAUGGAAAUAUGCAGGUUGUUUCCACUUCCUCUGAUUUAUGUUGGAAAUCAUAUAAGUGGAUUAUCAAGCAUAGGCAAGCUAAAUUUGCCAAUAUUUACAGUCCUGAGGAAGUUUACCAUUCCUCUUACAUUACUGCUGGAAGUUAUUAUUCUCGGGGAACGCUUUCCCUUGAGUAUUAUAAUCAGUGUGUUUGCAGUCAUUUUGGGGCCCUUUAUAGCAGCAGGAUCAGAUUUAGCUUUCAGCUUGGAAAGCUAUGCUUGUGUUUUGCUGAAUGAUGUCUUUACAGCAGCAAACGGUGUUUAUACCAAACAAAAAUUGACCCUAAGGACCUCAGCAGAACAAACACUUGGUGUGAUUUCUAAAUAUCAGGCCACCAAUUUCAAGCAGUGGACAAAUGUUUUAUUUAUCUUUCAGUUUCUUCUUUCUUUUGUGCUGGGGUAA